AUGCCAGUGAAGGAAAAGGGAAGUCCCUCCAAGCAUAGGAAAGCUCCAGAAGCUUGGACAGCGGAAGAAGAGAGCAUCUUCUUGGAAGUCAUUGAUAAAGUACUCAAAAUCAAUUUGUACCGCGAAAUCAAGGCGGAUGGUAGAUUACAAAGAGAGAGUCCCGCUGUGAGAGCUCAUCUUAUCGCUUUGAUGAAUAAACUCAAGAAAGGUCAAUAA